UGUCAUGUAUCAUCACAUACUGCCUGAAUUAGGGUUACACCAGCUGUAGUUAGUUUAUUUUAAGAUUCUGUUCACGUGACAACAGAUUUUUUCUUCAAAAAUCAUCUUUCCUGGGGCGUCCCGGUGGCUCACACUGGUAGAGCGCUUACCACAUGGCUGUGUGCUUGCUGCAGCGGACCCGGGUUCGAAUCCAGCCUGAGGUCCCUUUGCUGCAUGUCUUCCCCUCUGUCUCCCCCUUUCUAUCUGUCUCUAUCAAAUAAAGCAGUAAAAAUGCCAAAAACAAUAAUCUUAAAAAAAAAAAAAAAAAUCGUCUUUCCUGAUUGGAAAUGUAAUCCAUAGUAAUGUGCCUCUCUUUUUGCAGAAUGCUGUGGAGAAUAACUAUCCCAGUCAUCCUGGCUGGGGUGCUCUGCAUCACCGCAGAGACCAAAAAGCACCGACCCCAGGGAUCCAUCCCAUCCCCGUACAAGACCAAAGGGAACCUGUCCUCAGAGCGCCACCACCGGCUAUUGCAGCAGAAACCAGAAGUGCUGUCCUCCAGCCGGGAGGCCUUGGUGGUGACAGAGCGCCGCUACCUCCGCAGAGACUGGUGCAAGACCCAACCCCUCCGUCAGACAAUCAGCGAGGAGGGCUGCCGCAGCCGCACUGUGGUCAACCGUUUUUGCUACGGCCAGUGCAACUCCUUCUACAUCCCUCGCCAUAUGGGCCCCAGCUCGGGUCAGGGCCAGAGUCGAGGCCAAGCCUCAGGCUCUGGAAGGAAAAGCCACAACAAGGCCCAGGAGCCAUUCCAGUCCUGCUCCUUCUGCAGGCCACACCGCAUUACACAACUUACAGUGCAGCUAGACUGCCCAGACCUGCAGCCUCCUUUCAGACACCGUAAGGUGCAGAGGGUCAAACAGUGCCGCUGCAUGUCUGUCGAUGUGAGCGGCCAUGGGAAACUGUGAAGAAAUACUUUAAAGGUCUUCUAAAAUUGACAGGACAUAUGAGUAUUAUCGAAAGCAGAAAUUCACACGCUUCGCCAAUCAAGGACUGGCUUCAAGUUCAAGUAUUCUGCUCCUGUUACAAAUAAGGGCUUGUCCCACAGUAAAUGACAUGAAACAUGGAACUGGUAUUGUUAAACAAAUGCUCAACGAUGAUUUAAUCAGAGACUUGCAGCCAUGUUGGCAAGCUGACGCUGUUGAGAAAGACUGAUUGAAGUGGCUGUGUAAGAGAGACUGACGAUGAAGCAGCCAAUUUUCAACAUUAAACACAUUUUCCCUCCCUGCUAUUUCAAAAAGUUCAUCUCUACCUGAUUAUUUGUAUAUUUGUCUUUAGAUUCCUUUGUGAUAAAGGUGUUAAGAAAGUGCCUUGGAGUUUUUAAACUACAAAACAUUACAGAGACUGCUGAUAAUUCAGUGUUUAAAGAAACUGUAGAAGUAGUGGGACUCCUUUAAAAAGUUUCUGUAAUAUGACAAGUUUUUCUGCAGGUGGAUCUACAGAAAUGAUACUGUUGACAUGUUGGUGUUUUAAUACUAUUUUAUCUGUUAUACUGUAUCUUUUCCCUCACUUCUAUGAUGUCCCAAAUUAAACACAAGUUGGAGUCAAGGAAAAGAUUUCAAGAACCAUGAAGCAACUCAGCAAUGAACAGUGGUAUCCACCUGCUUGGACACAAGCCUGGCUGUAUUCUGUACAUUUGCCACAAAUAUACUAGCCAGUAGAAAAAACAUACUGCAGCAUGUGUAAUGGAGGUGCAAUGCAAUAUAUACAGUAUAUAUAUUUUAUGUAUGUGUGUUUUAAGUAUG